AUGCCCCGGCGGGCCCAGCCGGGCCUGCUGCUCCUGAUGGCCGCCGCCGCCGUGGCCGUGGCCCCGGGCGCCCCGUGCGCCGCGCCCGCCGCGGCCUGCGUCCCACCCUGCGCCCCAAAAAACAACUCGACUCAGUGCCUUCAAUUUUUGCAAGGAUCGCACAAAGAGGAACUGUGCGGCCGCGACCUGUCGCCCGGGCGGCGCCGUCUCGCGUUCGCCGACCUUCGCUUGCGCCACUGUUGCGAACACCGGGUCGCCCAGGCCCUGCCGCAGGCCGCCUUCCAGGACGCUCCGACUUGCCGCCUUCACCUGCAGGGACUCCUCGAAGCCGACAACCUGGCCGCCACAGCUUCCUGCAGUCACGCCGAGCUCCUGCGGCGCUACGAUUGCGCCCAAAACUAUUCCAUUGCUUACCACUGUCAACAUUGCAAGGUAGCGUACAGACGUUGGAUCUGCAGCGCACUGGUGCCUCACUUCGGAUCGGGCGGCGUCCGCAUCCCUCCCUGCCUGCGCCUCUGCCAGAACGUGGAGCAGCAGUGUCCCUACCUGUUGCCCGACCAGACCCUGACGCCCAGCGAAGCGGCGCACCCCACGCCCCAAUACGCCGGAGAACCCAACUUCCUCUGCCUUGAUCCCAACAUUCCCAGACUGGAGGAGAGGCUGAACUCGACGACGGGAGACGAAGACUGUUGUUACACGCACUGCGGCGCACCCGGCCGGGGGGGAACGCCCGACACAUGCGAGCACUGCCCCGGCAGGCCGCCCAACGCCGCCCCUGCAGCACAACCUUCCCCAGCAGCAGCAGCAGCAGCCACGUCCGGCUCUAGGACUCACGUCAUCGGUCCUGCAGUGUCCCAGUGGAUGUGGUGGUGGUGGACCUUGUUCUUAUUACUGACGCUGCGUCUGAGUGGCGCGCGCCGCGUGGACUUAACCAAUUGCGUCGGUUCCGUUGACAGUGACCGGACAGUACCGAGGUGCUGAUAGAGGAACAACGGAAGACCGGCGCGUCUUAGUAGCACCGCUCUAGGUUGGACGUCGAUCCAAGACCCGAUGAGUCAUCGGCGAUCUGGCGACGUGGU